AACGGCUAAAUCUAGUGAGCUAGGUGUAGUGAAGAGCUAAGUUGGCAACACUGGUGACGCUGGUUCCUGAGGAGCUGAUGCAGUUAAUGCAUGGCAACAUUAACCACCCCCACUUCACAUUUCUGUCCAGUCACACGAUGGCUGACACAAAYCCCUGAAAGAAAGAAGUUCUGCUCAGACCUUGUGUCGAGAAUGGACUCAGAGCUCCAGGAACCUUCCCUGUACACAGUUAAAGCUGUUUUUAUACUUGAUAAUGAUGGAAACAGACUYUUGUCAAAGUACUAUGACCCUGAAUUAUACCCAUCCAUGAAGGAACAGAAAAACUUUGAGAACAAUGUUUUCAGCAAAACCCACAAAGCAGACAAUGAGAUCGCUUUCCUGGAAGGAAUGACCAUUGUGUAUAAGAGCAGUAUAGAUCUUUUCUUCUAUGUGGUGGGAAGUGCUCAGGAAAAUGAGCUGAUGCUGAUGUCUGUACUGAACUGUCUGUUUGACUCCCUCACUCACAUCCUCAGGAAAAAUGUGGAGCGGAGGUGUUUACUGGACAACAUGGAAGGAGUGUUUCUAAUAGUGGAUGAAAUCAUUGACGGGGGUGUGAUUUUGGAGAGUGACCCCCAGCAGGUCCUACAGAAAGUCAACUACAGGGCUGAUGAGAACCCAUUAACUGAACAAAGUGUGACUCAGCACCUAACAGAGAAACUGGCACUGACUACUAAUGUUUUGCAGUCUGCUAAAGAACAGAUCAAAUGGUCCAUACUGAAAUGACCCGGAUGGAAAACAAAUGUUACAGAUAUUUUCUUGUUUCUAACUUAUUUUUGAAGCCACGUUGCCACAUUUUGGUUGACUCAUAAAGCAAUUAAUUAAGCAGUAAAAGGACUUUUCUGGUGUUUAUUUUUGAUUAAGUUACUGUGUGUGAAAUGAGUGUUUUCUUAAAGGUGUGGAGGGGUCACGUAGCAGACAGACUGGUCCUGAUGUCAAAGGAUAAUCAUCAGAAAAAGUGAAAGGAUUAAAUAAGCUAAAUGAAUUAUGAAUUAAAUUGUCAUGAAUUAAAUUCUGCUAUAUCCA